GUACCGAUAAACCAAUAGCGUCGUACUGAGGCACUUGAACGUCCAAUUAAAACAUAGGAGGGCGGAGACCUUUACCCUAAGGAUUUCAGCUCGAGAGUUGAACGUUGGAAGUUUUAUUUCGACGACGGAGCAGGGGCUACACUAACCUUUUUAUUUCAUAUUAUAUCAGAAGUUGAUCACAUGGAGCCAAACAAGCCUCCUGACGUCAGUGGGAUGAAAGGCGCUGGCCUUCCUGCGCUUGGCAGAGGACUGCAGCUUGAGAAACUGGCUUUGGGACGCAGUAGAGGACUACCGCUCCCUGCUGAGCAGCCCAUUGCAGGACGAGCCAGGGGAUUGUUCACCCCAGGUGAAACUGUUCCAGGACCAGCUCCGUCUCUACCAACAAUGACCCCUGUACCUGUGCAAGGUAGAGGAGUGUUGGCACCGCCUGAGAGUUUGCUAUUUGGUCGGGCCAGAGGGUUUCUUCCACCAAGGGUAGAACCAAAAGUGGGUGUGGCCAGAGGAACUGUUCUGUCAAGUCUACAGCCUCAGUAUGAAGACACCACUCCUAAAACGCCACUGGGUCCAUCAGGGGACAUCCCAGCUUCAACAGCAGGAAUGAUUGGCAUGGCGGGUCUUGCUCAAGGGUCCACACUUGUCUCCAUGUUUAGAGGAAUGGGAAUUGAGCCAAUGGCGCCUCGUGGAAGAGGAUCUCUAGCAGUUGAAGCAGCUGGAGGCGUGGGGGAGGUAAAACUGCAGGGUGUCCCUGCAGAGACUAUCCAUGAGCCUGGAGACACAAUGGAGAGAGGCAGCAUUCUGUCUCCCAUGGUGGGGCGUGGGAGAGCAGCACUGACCCAGCUCAGGAUGGAUGCAGGUCAUUCUGGCCUUCCUAGUAUCCUUCAGGAAAAGUCAGCUCCUCCAACACCUAAACCACCAGCAGACGUGAUGUCACAGCCUCCUCCAACAGGAGCUUCAUCAUCCAUGCCCACGAGUCAAGAUGCCACUGUGACCUCAACUGAGGAACCAUUGAAGGCUGACCAGACAGUGGAACCAGAGUGUAAACCACUUAAUAAAGCUGGAGUCAAAGGAAUACCAAUAACCAUUGGGUCCAACCACAUUCCAAUCAGCUGCAAGAAUCAAGCUGUCUAUCAGUAUCAUGUAACAUUCACCCCAAAUAUUGAAUCGAUGGGCAUGCGGUUUGGCAUGAUGAAGGAUCACCGCUCCACCACCGGAGAAGUGAUGGCUUUUGAUGGCUCCAUUCUGUACCUGCCAAUUAAACUUGGUGACGUGGUCAAUCUCAAAAGUGUGAGACGAACUGAUGAUGAGGACAUAGAAAUCACAAUCAAGAUGACAAAGGUGUUGCCUCCCAACUCGGAUCUUUGUAUUCCAUUCUACAAUGUGGUUUUCAGGAGGGUAAUGAAAAUCAUUGGCCUGAGGCUGGUGGGUCGAAAUCAUUAUGAUCCAGAGAAUGCAGUCAUUCUUGGAAAACAACGACUUCAAGUGUGGCCUGGUUAUUCAACUGCCAUUAACCGUAUGGAUGGAGGUCUGUACCUGGCAGUGGACGUGUCCCACAAGGUGCUGCGGAAUGACUCUGUUCUUGACCUCAUGAACGUUUUGUACCAACAAACAAAGGAGAACUUCAAAGAAGCAUGCACUAAAGAGCUCAUCGGUAGCAUCGUCAUCACCCGAUACAACAAUCGCACCUACCGCAUCGAUGACAUUGAGUGGGACAAGUCACCCAAGGAUAGUUUCACAUUGAUGAACGGCACCAAGACCACUUUUUUGGAGUACUACAGCAAGAACUAUGGAAUCACAGUUCAAGAGACAAACCAACCUUUACUCGUGCAUCGACCAAAGGAGAGAUCUAACCUCGGGGGAAAGCAAAUCAUUACCGGCCAGAUCCUCCUAGUGCCAGAGCUGUCCUUCCUGACGGGAAUCCCAGAAAAGAUGAAAAGCGACUUCAGAGCAAUGAAAGACUUGAAAAUUCAUAUCAAUGUGAGUGGCGAUCAACACAACCAUGCCAUCAAGCAGCUUCUGAAGAGCAUUUCCUCCAGGGUGGACUGCACCAAAGAGCUGGACGGAUGGGGACUGGAGCUCGGCUCAGAUGUCAUGAUGAUCACAGGUAGAACGCUCCCUUACGAAACCAUCUGCCUGAAGUCAUCAUCCUUUGGUACUGGUGCCAAUGUGUCCUGGUCAAGAGAGGUUGUUAAAGAUGCUUCAAUCAGCUCUAUCCCUUUGAACAUCUGGGUGGUUUUUUACCCUCGCCGCAGUGCGGAACAGGUUGACGAGCUCAUUUCUACCUUUAACAAAGUGGCCGGGCCCAUCGGACUGCGGCUGCAGCGACCAAUACUGGUAGAGCUGCAGGAUGUUCGGACUGAGACUUAUGUCAAGAGCAUCCAUUCUCAACUCACCAGUGAGCCCCGAAUGCAGCUUGUCGUGUGCAUCAUUGAGGGCAACAGGGACGAUCUCUACAGCGCCGUCAAGAAGUUGUGCUGCCUCCAAUGCCCCAUCCCUUCCCAGGUCAUCAACGUUCGGACAAUAUCUCAGCAACAGAAGUUGAGGGGCAUUGCCCAGAAGAUCCUCCUCCAAAUGAACUCCAAGUUGGGUGGAGAGUUGUGGACUGUCAGCAUUCCACUGAAAAGCUUGAUGGUGAUUGGAGUUGAUGUGCACCACGACACCAGCAAAAAGCAUCAGUCUGUUAUGGGAUUUGUUGCAAGUGUGAACAGUUCCCUGACCCACUGGCAUUCCAGAGUGAUUUUCCAGACCCCCACUGAGGAACUGAUCAGUGGCUUCAGAACCUGCUUCCUGUCCACACUGCAGAAGUAUUAUGAGCUGAAUCAUGACUUGCCACAGAAGAUUGUGGUUUACCGAGAUGGCGUGUCUGACAGUCAGCUGAAGAUGGUGGAGCUGUACGAGAUCCCACAGCUGAUCAAGUGCUUUGAGACCUUCCCCAACUACGACCCCAAGCUGGUCUUCAUCGUGGUCCAAAAGCGCAUCAACACCAUCCUGUACUCAUGCUCUGCAAACGGCUUCGGCGCUGUCCCACCGGGAACCGUUCUGGAUCACACCCUCACUAACAAAAACUGGGUGGACUUCUAUUUGACGGCACACGACAUCAGACAAGGCGUUGGACUCCCCACUCAUUAUGUCACACUGUACAACACAGCAAACCUCACCCCAGACCACCUGCAAAGGUUGACUUUUAAAAUGUGCUAUCUGUACUGGAACUGGUCUGGCACCAUCAGAGUUCCAGCACCAUGCAAGUAUGCGCACAAGCUGGCGUACCUGUCGGGUCAGUACCUGCACUCGGAGCCAGCUGUCCAGCUCUCAGACAAGCUCUUUUUCUUGUAGCUCUUUUUCUUGUAAGCUGUUGUGGUUUUAUAGGUUUCAUUGUUUAUUUUUUGAGCAGUUCGUUUAAUUUCUGAAGUUUACGCAUUUUUAGUGAAAAUUACCUUAAAUGUUUUUUUUUUCAAACUGAAUUUGUUCUGAGUUUGAAAAGUAUUCUGUAUGCUGUUUUAAGAAAAGUGUUCUUUUGAUGAUCAGGCAGGAAUCUGCUGUUAAUAAAGUGCCUGUUGUGACA